CAUCAUUUGAAAAAUAUGAAGAGCAUUUUUUGCCUUCGUUUUUUCCUCCUCCGGGCUUCCAUACAGGUUUUUUAAAGCCUCAAAAGAACCUUUGAAGAAAGUUGUUCAGACUUGAGGGAGGAAUGGCGGCCCCUCGAAGUGUCUUCCUCUCUCUCUCUGGUUUAUGUCUGCUGUUUUAUUUUCCGAGUGGAUCUACGAGCACAGGAAACAAAAGAUCAAACCAGGAGCGAUGCGGCUACAAGGUGCUGUCAGGUGCAGAUGGAGGUCGCAGGUUGGCCGUCACACUCAGAGCUGACAACUGCUCGUUGAACUACCCAUUGGGGAAACACGUGAUUCAUGAAGUUGCCAACGUCUCCUUCAGUCACCUCGCCUGUGAGGAUCAGGCUGCCGUGGUCGUCCACUGGUCUGCCAGCCCGCUAGGAAUCGAACACAUUAAAGGCUUCAGAGUUUAUCUGGAGGACAAAAACCCUGAAGGGAAACAGUGUCAACAUCUGAUCCUCAAGGACCCGCGACAGCUCAACUUCUCCUACAAGAUCACGAAGAUGAGCAGUCAGCCGUUCAGCGGUUUGACCUUUGACACGGACUACAUGGUCCGAGUCGUUCCGUUCCCGACUCUGAUGAAUGAGAGCUUCUUCCCUCCGUCUUUCCUCAGGACGAACUCGUGUGAAGUCCUCCUGGGAUCAGACAACCUGGUCUGCAAACCUUUUUGGAGACCAAAGACCCUGAAUGUCUCUCAGCUGGGAUCAAACCUUCACGUGUCGUUCGACGAAGCUCCGCCCUCCUUCGGCUUCCACCUGUACUACCUGUACUACAAACUGAGACAGGACGGACCCUUCAAGCUGCAGCGCUGCAAGCCUGACUUGAACCAGCGCAAAACGACGUGCAUCCUGCAGGACGUCACUCCAGGGUCCUACAUUAUAGAGCUGAGAGACGACAGUAACACCACCAGGAGGCAGACUCAGUACCACGUCAGCCAGGUUCACUCUCCGUGGGCGGGGCCUAUCAGAGCCAUGGCCAUCACAGUGCCUCUGGUCAUCAUGUCCGCCUUCGCCACUUUGUUCACGGUCAUGUGCCGCAAGAAACAGCAAGAAAACAUCUACAGCCAGCUGGACGAGGAGAGCAGUGAGUCGUCCAAUCAGAGUGCAGCGUUGAACUCGGAUCGUCCGUGGCCCCGCCCCAAAGUCUUCAUCUGUUACUCCAGCAGAGACUGUCCCAAACACACGGGCGUCAUCCAGAGCUUUGCUUACUUCCUGCAGGACUUCUGCGGCUGUGAGGUGGUCUUGGAUCUGUGGGAGCACCUGGAGAUGUGCAAAGAGGGUCAGAUGUCGUGGCUCAGCAGACAGCUGGACGAGGCCAACUUCAUCAUCACCGUCUGCUCCAAGGGCCUCCGUUACUUCAUGGAGAAGAAGAGCCGCAGAGGAAAGACACCGGUCAGUCGGUGGAGUAACAGCAGCAGCAGUUCUCCGGUUGGUGGAUCGGGUGGUGACCUCUUCAUUGUGGGUGCGGCCAUGAUCGCUGAGAAAAUGCGUCUGGCUAAGCAGAGCGAGGGGAGCUGCGCUCAGGAGCUGAACCGCUUCAUGACGGUGUACUUCGACUACUCGACAGAACACGACAUCCCGACCGCGCUGAGUCUAGCUCCAAGGUUCAAGUUGAUGGACCAGCUGCCGCAGCUCUUCAGCCGCCUCCACUCCAGUCUGUCCAGUCUGUCCGAUCGGGAGUCUCAGCCUCUCAACGUCUCCAGGAGGAACUACUUUAGGAGCAAGUCCGGCCGCUCGCUCUAUGUCUCCAUCUGCAACAUGCACCAGCACAUCAGCCAGAACCCAGACUGGUUCGAGAAGGAGCUGGCUCCUUCAGGGGACCCAUCCUCCUCCUCCAAACCCGCUCCUCUCCCCGGGGACCAGGCUCCCACGCCUCCUCCGAAGCCUCACUGCUCGUCUUGCUCGUCUCAGCCCGAGCAGAGGUGUGACUCCGGCCUGGUGCUCAACGAGGUGCUGGUGAAGACGCUGCCACACGAGGGAGGGAAGGGAGCGUUGAGGAGGAACAUGCUCCUGCUGGCUUCUGGUUCUAGUCCCAGCUUUGACCAAGGCUGCUACCCCAGCCCCAGCCCCAGUCCAAGUCCUGGUCCUUGUCCCAGUCCAGGUCUGCCACACUGCUCUCUGUCCAUGCUGGGACCCGCUUCAAGAUCCACUUCAGGAAUCUCUGGACUGUUACCUGAAGAGUCUUCCUCUUCCUCUUCUUCUCCCUCCAUCCUCCAAGAGGAGGUGCGCCCCAUCCUCAUCCAGGCAGAAGAGGGCUGUCCGUCUCCUCCAGAAGUCCCGCCCCCUCGGGAUUCAGGCAUAUAUGAUUCGUCCGUCCCCUCCUCGGAGCUGUCCAUUCCCCUCAUGGAGGGACUGUCACAUGACCAGGCAGACUCCUCCUCCUUGGCAGAGAGUGAAUCAUCGUCCUCGGGGCUCGGUGACGAGGAGCCGCCUGCCGUCACGUCGCUCCGCUGCAGCUCUGCCACGGUCUGCAAAGCUGAGCUGCACCAUCACGACCACCUGGAGCGCGGUGACGGACUCUCACCUGUGGCCUCAUCGUAGGAUCCGUGACUGCAUGAUGAUGUCAUCAGAGAGACAGCUUGAACCUGAAUUCUUUCUAUGCAGUUAUGUCAACGGAACACUAGUCCUUGAUGAGUUCUGGAACAUUUGUCCUGGAUCACUAGAACAUUGUUGUUACUUAAUAACUUUGACCACUGAGUUCUAGAACACUUACUGCUUCAAACAAUUGUAACCACUGCAUUCUUCAACACCGCUUCAAAGUUACAGAUUUAACCACUUCGUCAAUACAACAACUCCAACUUCUAGAACACUACUCCCUGUGUUCUAGAACACUACAUACUGUGUUCUAGCACACUUCUCUCCAUGUGCUAGAACACUACUCCCUGGGUUUUAGAACACUACAUACUGUGUUCUAGAUCACUACUCCCUGAGUUCUAGAACACGACUCCCUGUGCUAGAACACUUCUCACUGUGUUUUAGUACACUACUCCCUGCUUUCUAGAACAACACCCUCUAUGUUCUGGAACUCUUCACCCUGUGUUCUAUAACAUUACCCCCUGUGUCCUAGAACACUACCCCCUGUGUUCUUGAACACUACUCCCUGUGUUCUAGAACACUACCCCCUGUGUUCUAGAACACUACUCCCUGUGUUUUAGAACACUACCCCCUGUGUUCUAGAACACUACCUCCUGUGUUCUAGAACACUACUCCCUGCUUCCUAGAACACUUCUCUGUGCUCAAGAGUUCUAGAACAGUACUGUGUGGUAACCUCUGUGUCUGGAGCUCAGGUCUCUGGUAGCUUGGGUCCUCAGUCCAUCUUGCUGGCCGCCCCACCUAGAUGACUUUUGAAGGACCAGCCCUCGUUAUGCUGACAGAGCACACUGGUUUGAAACCACAGACUGUGUCAGCUCCGUGUCUGUGUUGGUGAACGGAUAAACAGCUGACUCUCGAUUGAGUUGAGGUCUGACACAAAGACGUGAGGCAGGUUUUGAUGCAGUAACCCAGGAGGAGACAACGCCACAGACAUGUCAGGCUGUUCACCACAACAACAUCCAAAGGGACCGAAGCAGCCUCUGAGAUUAUCUUACCAAAAGCUUCUGAACGUGUCGACACUUAAAGUUUAUAAAGUGGGAACAUCCAACUCUUGUUUUAUUAUCAUCUCAAUAUUUACAACUGAUACCGAGUAAAAACGUAAAGCUUUACUGUCUUUGAAUAACUACCACUAAUCACAUCCUGUCUUUUGAAACAUCCAUGUUUAAUAACAAACCUGAUUUUAAAUGUUUUCAACAGAGUGGUCUUCUAAAGGUUGUUCAAAUAUUAAAGCAGGCUGUAAUCUGAUGAACGCUCAUAAACCACUAAAGGGACAAAGAUAACAAACUGUCUGGGUACUAAAACCUGCUAAUGUGAUAUGAUACGGUUGAAGGUGUAUGAAGUAUUCGUUGGUUUGAA